AGCAAAGAAAAGCUCAUAGUUCUUAAACAGUCCAAAAAACAAAAAUUGACACGUCUUCGAAAAAUACUCUAAAGAAAGCAAUUCAAAGCUCACGAUUUUGGAAUUAUAUACUACACUACAAAAAUCAAGUUUUGUUUGGAAGCACCGACGACUCAAAUCCCAAGUUCGAAGGUCGAACUUGAGACCAAUCAUUGCCUCGAAUAAAGUCUAUGGAGUUUCAUAUUCAUUCAGAACACGCGUCUUCUUGCCCCAAUUAUUCCUGCAAAAUAUGCGGAAAUGUGUUCGCUACAACUAGGGGACUGAAACAACACAUGCACGUACACAGCAGCUGUGUGGUGAAACCAUUCAAAUGCGAGGUUUGUGGCAGGUCUUAUACUCAAUUCUCGAACCUAUGUCGACACAAACGAAUCGUGCACUUCGAUUACCGAAAAGUAUUUUAUUGUUCCACUUGCGGCGAUAGUUUCAACUCUGUCAUCGCUCUAAACAAACACCGACGCAGGUUCUGCAUCAACAAGAUUCUGAAAAGGGUCCGUCGACCAUCAACUUCGGUAGCGACCACAGCAGCACAGAUUUUGAAUGUUCAUGCUCCAAACACCCAUUUCAUGACAGGAAGCUGCGCUUCGGCUUCAUCUUUCCACUCGAUUGACGAGAACCGAACGCGGAGUCGACAUAGUUUCAGUUCCGAAGAAGAAACUUUCAUGAAAAGAGAGGAGAUUUUAAAUGACAUGAGCUGCGAGUCACCGUCAAACAAAGCAACACGACAAUCCAAAGAUGAUGCGGACUAUUCCACCGAACAAGACAUGUUUGAAAGUAACUUUCAAAGUGGGCUAGCCGAGAACAAACAUCGUGAUUCAAAUGAAGCUUUUAGAGCGGCACAAAAUUUCGGAUCAACCGAAAAACUUCUGCCAUUUGGUCAUCAGGAAGCAAACGCUCUUGACCCUGAGCUGUCUGCUUGGCUGAGCAUGGAAGACGUUUGCAAUCAAUCAGAGUACCAAAAACUAUUGCAACAAUCGCAACUUGGAUUCGGUUCCGAUGCCGGAGGGCAAGUCCCGAAAUUGAACCCUGGAAUCAUCGGGGGUUCUCUUGUAUCUGCACCCUUCUUUAGAGGUCUACUGACAGCUUCCUACGAUUCGCAUGACUUUUUUUGUAAUGUGGAAGAUUCUUUGACGAUUUGUAGCUCUGCCAAGAAAAAUUACGUGUGCAAAUUCUGUGCCAGAGUGUUCCCUCAGUCAGCUAACUUGACUAGACAUCUCAGGACUCACACGGGGGAGAAGCCGUUCUCGUGCAAGUACUGCAACUCAGCCUUCAGUAUAUCGAGUAAUCUGCACCGGCACGUGAGGAAUACACACAUCAAAAAGAAACCAUACCACUGCAAGGUGUGCGACAAAAUCUUUGGACAGCAGAAUAAUUUGAAACGACACAUGAAGAAGCACGAGCAUAAUCACCCUAUCUCCUCCGCCUCCAACUCACAGCUGAUGAAUGAAUCACGUGACACGACGCCCGAGCUCUCGGACUCAUUGACGUCAUCAAUGUCACUCUCGAUAGGAAUUAAUCUCAGCACACCGUCUUCAGUGUUACAACGUGAUACUGCUACUCAAAUGAUGCCAUCCGCAGGAUCCAUCGGAGCCCUUCCAGCAUCAUCUACUGUGCAAAUCAUUCGAGGUUGUCCUUUGUCCUCUCUGCCCCAGUUAGCAAGGAAAUCGGUCAUUUGUCCCAACCCGGGAGUGAAUCAUGAGUCGUCGACUCAGUCGAAUGUCCCAAUGUCAUUUCACCUCUAAAGGGUCGAUGACCUUCAGCGAACCCGUGCAAAGCAGCUCUGCACACUUACCUCAACUCAAUUCUUUACCAAAAAACAGCAGUUAAGACACACAGCCGAAAUGAGCUCAGCUCUCGUAGGUUCAACGCCACGACCGAUGACAUGAUGUCCAACUGCUGCCAUAAGCCUCAAACAACUUUAAUUUUGAUUCGCACAUAAAUUAAGAUUCAAUUUGU